AUGAAGUGCCUGCUGCUCCUCGUUGUCAUCGUCUGUGCCCUUAGCUGUAGCUGGGCAGCGCCUGUUGAAGUGGAAGUUGUGCCGCUCACGCUGCUCGAUGUGGAUGCCGAUCUCGAGCAGCUGCCACUGGAUUCAGAAGCGGAGAACGAACGUGUGGCACGCGGCCUGGGACUUGGCGGCUUUGGUGGCCUCGGCGGCCUGGGCGGCAAAUUUGGCGGCUUCGGUGGUCUGGGUGGAUUCGGCGGACUUGGCCAUGGCUUUGGCGGUGGUCUGGGACAUGGCUUUGGUGGUCACGGCUUCGGUGGACUCGGUGGACUGGGCGGCUUCAAGGGACUCUUUAACAAGCAUUUCCGUUAA